AUGCCUCCUCCAGGCCAGGACUGCUGGAAGGUGUUCGCCACCACUCAGCUGCCAGAAGUCAUCGCGAAAAGAAUUCACGAGGAUUCCAAGCUCGUUAGCGACGGCAAAACGCCGAGCCUGACAGUGUACCACCUGCCGAAAACGAAGACUCCAGCUGCAUUGGCCAUUGCAGCUCACCUGGCUCCCUCACCUGAUUUGUCCAGAGAUACCAAGUUCCUUCUUUACGAAAAUCUGCUCAAAAAGAUCAGACGCUACUUGGAAGGUGGUCCGCGAGGGCAUUGGCCUACGUUCUACAACGGCGGCGACAACUUUCUCAAGGACGGACCAACCUGGGAUGCUUCUACGAACCCAGCAAGCCAGACAGCCAAAAGCGGGGACGAGAAUGGAGACGAAGAAGUCACAGACACAGACCUCUCCGUGACGCUCAAAGUCCUCCAACACCUCCUACUCAACUCAUCCCUCAAGCUUACGGACCCCAUCUCCACCGCCACCACGCUUCUCGAGGAACUCCUCGAAUAUCCCCCCGACACCACGACAUCGCCGCCGGAGUACCACAACAACGAGACGUCCGCACCCACAGCAACUACCUCCAACCUCCCCUCUCAAAACUCUCCCCCUCCACCACCCCCUCCAGCCCCCCCACACCAACCCCACCGCAAACGCCUCUGCUACAUCUGCCGCCUCGCCCUCCCCUCCACCACCGCCGCGCACCCAGCCUACCCCUGCCUCUGCGCCCCCUGCGGCGCCUACAACCUCGCCCACAGCGCUCUGUCCACACCACCUCACCUCGCCCUCCCCCCGACCUUCACCGCGCUCGUCACCGGCGCCCGCGUCAACCUCGGCUACCACGUCGCGCUGCGGCUGCUGCGCUGCGGCGCGCGCGUGAUAGCGACGACGCGGUAUCCGCGCGACGCUGUGCGGCGGUACAUGGCUGAGGGCGAUGCGGAGGUGUGGAGGGAGAGGUUGAGGGUGGUUGGUGCGGAUUUUAGGGCGGCGGCGGAUGCGUUUGGGGUUGUGGAGGGGGUGAGGGGGGUGUUGAGGGAGUGGGGAGGGGAGGAGAGGUUGGAUGUGUUGGUUAAUAAUGCGGCGCAGACGUUGACGGAUAGUGUGGGGAGGGAGGAGCAGGCGGUGCGGAGGGAGGAGGUGUUGAGGGUUGAGGAUGGGGAUGCGGUGGUGGGAGGAGGAGGAAGGCGGAUGUUGGUGGAUGCGGGGUAUGAGGCGAGGGUGAGAGGUGGUGUGGGAAGGUUGAUUGGAGGAAAGGGACAGGAGCACCAGCAGCGGUUGGUUGGGUUCGAAGGCGGCGAGAAGGAGGAGGUGGUGGGAGGAGAGACGGGGCUGGUUGCUGUGGGAGGCGAUGGCGCGAGCAAGGAGUUGCAGGUGUACACCAAGUCCUCGUGGGUGCAGUCGCUGUUCGAGAUCCCCUACGAGGACGUCAUCUCGGCGCAUGCCGUCAACACCUUCGUCCCGCUUAUCUUGUGCCGCGAGCUGCUUCCGCUCAUGGGCCGCGCGAGAGACGAGGAUCAGGCCGCUUCGCCCAAGAACGCGGCGGCACGGUCGAAAAAGCCGCUGGGCUACAUUGUCAACGUCUCCUCCCGCGAAGGCAUCUUCGAGGCCAAGGUCGAUGCUGCCAAGAAGGGUAAACAUGUCCACACGAACAUGUCCAAGGCCGCCCUCAACAUGAUCACCGAGACCGAGGCCGCGACGGCAUGGCAGACGCGUCGUGUUGCAAUGAACACGGUUGACCCGGGGUACAUGAGUGCCGCGCCGGAAUACGAGGAUGCGUACGACGGCAUCAGACCAAUUGGGUGGGAAGAUGGCGCAGGCCGGGUUUUGUGGCCUAUUGCCAUGGGUGAAAGGGAAGGCGAGGCGAUUUGGGGACGGUUCCUGAAACAUUAUGGUGCUGUACAUGUGGAUCCCGGAGUAGGCCGAGGAUGA